AUUUAGAAAAUCUAAACGGCCGGAAAUGUUUAUUAAAAAUAUAGCAGUACAAAUUUUUUCUGAAGAAACCUUAAAACAAUGCAGUGUCACGGGAGAAUCCAGUAACGCAUACAAAAACAGCGUGAAGAGGCCUUCUUUAGAUAUGAAAAAAUUAAAUGCUGUAAGAGAAAUUUCGGAGUACUGGAUGCGUUUUCGGAAAAUGUUAGAACACGACAUAGUACAACAUUCUGCUAACGUGGGCAGAUAUAUUGGGCAAAAAAUAGCGUGUUUGAAUCGUGGUCCUAGAAAGAAUCUCAAACGCAAAAACAAGCGAAUAAAUAACCAGGCAAAAAAGAAAUCAAAAGAGGAGAUUAGUUCUGAAGAUGAAACGAGUCCAGAUGAUGAAAAAAUUAUGGAGCACGAUCGUACACUGGAACAUUUCAGCGGUGAUGCGAAAAAGAUCAUUCAAGAAGAUGAUAAGGAACCCGAAAAAGAUGAUACAGAUGAGUUUGACGAUGAGAUUUUCAAUACUAUUAAUUAG